AUGGCAGAAUCUCGACCUUUUCGUGUUAUUGUUGUCGGCGGAGGCGUGGGAGGUCUAGCCGCCUCUCAUGCGCUUCAAAAGGCGGACAUCGACCACAUUGUUCUUGAAAAGGGGGAGAUAGCUCCAGCGAGGGGUGCCAGUAUUGGCAUAUAUCCUCACGGCUCCAGAAUUCUCCAGCAAUUUGGAUGCCUUGAAGAGGUGGAAAACGAAUGCAACCCUCUUGGUAAAAGCCUUAACCUUCUUCCAGACGGCCGCGUUAUUGCAAACAGCAACUUCUUUGGAUUGUGCAGGGAAUAUCACGGUUAUCCUAUUCCAGUUCUGGAACGAAGGCGUUUCCUCGAAAUCUUGUAUGAGAAAUUGCCGGAUAAGUCCAGAGUGAGAGCGGGAGUUGGUGUCGUUGAUAUCACAGAUUCGGACGACAAUGUGAAGGCGGUACUGGCCGAUGGCACCAUUGAAGAGGGAGACCUGCUCAUUGGGAGCGACGGAGUACACAGUCUAAUACGCAGCCUCAUGUGGAGGAACGCAAAUGCUGCCAUCCCCGGGUUAAUAACAACAACCGAGAAAAAGUCCCUCUUCACCGACUGGAGUGCACUGAUUGGUUUUAGCCCUACGCUGCCGAGUAUGAGUAACUGUAACGUCUCUGUUACACACUACCCAGGCAGAUCGUUCCUCGUGCUUGGCCAGAAAAAGUAUACAUUCUGGUUCGUUUUCUUCCGCAACUCGGAGCGCCUCUACUGGCCUCACAGCCCGCGCUGGACGCAGGCCGACGCCGAAAAGCGUGCUGUUGAGUGCCUCGAGUGUCCCAUCUCGAAUACACACGUUUUUGGAGAGCUCUGGAAACAACGCGUACGCGCGGAGUUAGUUAACGUCGAAGAAGGCUUAUUUAAGCACAUGUUCUUUGGCAGAGUCGUACUCUCGGGUGAUGCAGUGCACAAGAUGACUCCAAACAUCGGACUCGGAGGCAACUCUAGCAUGGAAAGCAUUGUCGUGCUGACCAACCUACUCCACCGCGCCAUCAAGGACUACGAGGCUCGAGGAACAAAGCCUAAAAAGGCCGCAAUCGAGGCACUACUAUACCAGUAUCAAGCUGAGCGUACGCUUCGUAUGCGACAGAUUAUCGACUUCUCCGCCCUCGCGACAAAGGUUCAGGCUUGGGAAAACUUAGGCUACAAAAUCAUGUCACGCGUUAUGCCACUUUUGCCGGAGAACACGUUCGCUCUAAAAACUUCCAAGCUUAUUAAAGCUGCGCCGAAGCUGGACUUUGUAGCUACGCCCUUGGAUACUAAAGCUACUAUUCCAUGGGAGGAUAGUAGCUUUAGCGUUAUUGUCCCAACGAAGCCAUAUCAAGAAUCGACUCUUUUCUCGAGUCGGAAAAAUUGUCUGUCUGUUAUCUUUGUACUACUUCUGUUCUCUUUUUUAUUAUUGUAA